UAGCGCACGCCGCGGGGCUCGGAGAGGCCGCUGCUGGUCGGGACAGGAAGGAGCUGAGGUUUACAGCCCCCAUGGCCAGCAUGAGGUCAUGGGGUGGACAGCCGCUGCUGCUGCUGGGGCUGCUGGUCACAGUCGCCUCUGUCCACCUGGUCACCUGUCCAUAUACCAAGGUGGAAGAGAGCUUUAACCUGCAGGCCACACACGACCUGCUCUACCACCGGCUGGAUGUGGACAAGUAUGACCACCACGAGUUCCCUGGAGUUGUCCCCAGGACGUUCCUUGGGCCCCUGGUGAUUGCUGCCCUCUCCAGUCCUGUGGUCUAUAUGCUUUCGCUGUUGGAGCUGUCCAAGUUCUUUUCUCAGCUGAUAGUGAGAGGUUUCCUUGGGCUUGGCGUGAUCCUCGGACUGUGGACGUUACAGAAGGAAGUGAGGAGACAGUUUGGGGCCACGACAGCGGCCAUGUUCUGCUGGGUGACGGCCACGCAGUUCCACCUGAUGUUUUACUGCACGCGGACGCUGCCCAAUGUGCUGGCCCUGGCCGUGGUGCUGCCGGCCCUCUCGGCCUGGCUGCGCCACAGGUGGGCUCGCUUCGUCUGGCUCUCAGCCUUCGCCAUCAUCGUCUUCAGGUCCGAGCUCUGCCUGCUGCUGGGCCUCAUGCUGCUGCUGGCUCUGUAUGUCCGGAGGAUGUCCGUCGCCACCCUCCUGCAGCACGCUGUGCCCGCGGGGCUCCUCUGUCUAGGACUGACGGUGGCCGUGGACUCCUAUUUCUGGCGACGCCUUGUGUGGCCGGAGGGCGAGGUGUUCUGGUACAACACCAUCCUGAACAAAAGUUCCAACUGGGGCACCUCCCCGCUCUUGUGGUACUUCUACUCGGCCCUGCCCCGCGGCCUGGGCUGCAGUCUGGUCUUUGUCCCCCUGGGCGCGGUGGACCGGAGGACUCACGCGUUGACUCUGCCUUCGCUGGGCUUUGUAGCUCUGUAUUCUCUGCUUCCGCACAAGGAACUGCGCUUCAUCAUCUACACCUUCCCUGCCUUCAACGUGGCAGCCGCCAGAGGCUGCGCCUGCUUGCACUUUGGUCUUCCUGCUGUCAAGUGUCUCACACUCCCCCGCAGGCUGAAUAACUACAGAAAGUCCUGGAUGUACAGAGUGGGGGCCGUGCUGGUGCUGGGCCAUCUCGUGGCGAACGCUGCCUACACGGCCACGUCCCUCUACGUGUCCCACUUCAACUACCCUGGCGGUGCUGCCAUGCGGCGGCUGCACGAGCUGGUGCCUCCCAGGAAAGAUGUCCUCCUGCACAUUGACGUGGCGGCUGCGCAGACUGGUGUGUCACGGUUUCUCCAAGUCAAUGGUGCCUGGAGGUAUGACAAGUCGGAAGAUGUGCAGCCGGGAGCGGCCCGCAUGCUGGCCUACACCCACAUCCUCAUGGAAGCAGCCCCUGGACACCUCACGCUCUACAGGGACACACACCGGGUCCUAGCCAGCAUCGCAGGCACCACUGGUGUAAGUCUGAACCUCACUAAACUGCCUCCCUUCGAUGUAAACCUGCAGACCAAGUUGGUGCUCCUGGAGAGGCUUCCCGGGCGGUCCUGACGGGGAGAGCAGCCCACAAUACCCCGACCUCCGGGGCGCCAUGCACGCUUGGCUCUCUGGCACGGCUGAGACAGCAAUGUGCUCCUGGUCAGCACCUAUGGGGCAGACGUGGUCCUGCCACAGCCACCCUUGCACAUGACUGAGAGCAGAGGGACAGGGGCCUGUGUGCACCCCAGGAACCAUCGGGCAGGGGUGAUCCUGGCCCGCAUCUGGUCAGGAUAAUUUGGGGGCAGACUCAUCAUCAUUCAUAACCAAGACAGGAGAGUGGACCAGGCUGGGCUUCUGGACACCCUGGCUGCUGGUUGCCCUUGCCGUAGGCUGCCUGCCCGGGAGUAGUGUUUCCUGCUGUAGCUGUGGAGACCAUGGCCCAGGGUCACAGGCACUCCACCUCCGUGUGUCCAGACUAGGGGAGGAAUAAAACGUUAGUUU